CGUUUGAGAGCUCUUUAUCACACUUGCCUUAUUAUUAUUAUAAUUAUUAUUCUCCUUCUUCUUCACUUAACCAAGAGUCUGCAUUUCUUUUUGUGAAACACCUAGUUUUCUCGCAGACCAAACAUAAAAAUAAUCAAAAGAUCACCUUUUCUUUUGGUUUUCCUUUUAUCAAUCAAUAGAGGAAAAGCUUCUCUGUACAAGUCUCGUCGCUAUGCCCACAAACGAUGGCUUCUCCGGUGAUAUCCCAUUAGGAAUGAGGUGCUUCUAAGAUGCAGAUCAGGAAAGUGAUGAGGUCUUUUCUGAGACACAGCAUAAGCAUGAGAUAAACAUGUUUGAAGUCAAGGGUGUAUCCAAUUGCUAUGUGUUUAAGCGCCGAUUACAAGAAUAUGCACAAAAAAAGGGACUGCCUACACCUGUGUACGAGACAAUUAAAGAAGGCCCUUCACAUGAGCCUUCCUUCAGGUCAACUGUGAUUGUCAAUGAUAUUAGGUAUGAUUCUUUGCCUGGUUUUCUCAAUCGGAAAGCUGCAGAGCAGUCGGCUGUAGAGGUUGCUCUAAUGGAGUUGGCUAAAUGUGAUGAAGUUAAUGACUGCAUUUCUCAGCCUGUUGCUGAGGCUGGAUGUUCCAGUCAUGUUCAAACCUCAGCAGUUUCUGGUUUUCUUACUAAUCCAUUGCUCGAGAGUCCUGCAACUUUUCCUGCAAAAGAGGAAUCAAGUGCAACUCCAAGGUUUGAUUUUUAUACAAAUCCUAUGGCUGCAUUUUCUGCUGACAAAAGGAUUGCUUCUAUUAACCAGCCUGCACCAAGAUACUUUAUUCCUCCAAGUAAUAAUGGUCCCAUGCCAUGGUUUUCAUCUCCUGUUCCAGGACCCGGGAACCCUGGUAUGACUCCCUCUCCUGUUUAUCAGAUGCAAAGCAAUUAUUUACCCAAUCAGAGAACGCAUCAACAAGGUCCUUAUAACAGUGCUGUUCCCUAUAGGAGUCCAAGAGCUGGUCCUUUUCCCAUGCACCAAGGAACCCCUGAUGCAUGGAAUGGACCUGGUGGUAUAGCUGCUGCUGCUCCUUAUAGAGGUAGAAUGUGUCCAUACCCCAUCCAUGAAAGCAACCCAGGGUUUCAGCCAGCAGGGAGCCCUAGUUUCAAUUAUGGACAAGGCAGGCCUCCCUGGAGUGGCAACAGUCCAAGUCCUAGAUCAGUACAUGGAGGCAGUUCUACCUAUUCAGGAAGAGGACAGGGCCAAUGGCAUGGCAGCAGCAGAGGCCAGAUUUCUGGGCAGAGUGGCAGAAGAGGUUUCCAUUCUCGUGGUCCUGCACCAGGUGAGGCAUUUGGGCCAGAAUCUUUCUACGAAAAGUCUAUGGUUGAGGAUCCAUGGAAACAAUUGGAACCUGUUGUAUGGAAGAUGCUGGGAGUUCCUGGGUCUUCAAAGUCCUGGCUUCCAAAAUCCAUUAGCAGGAAAAAACCAAGACCUUCAGAGUCUUCUAACAAUUCCAAUUCUAAACAAAGCCUUGCGGAAUACCUUGCUGCAUCAUUUAAUGAAGCUGUCAAAGAUGGGCCAAGUGUAUAAUUGAUGCUCAAGUUCCAUGGAGAACUUUUCUAACAGUACAGAAGUGAAAUUUGUUUGCCUUGUUCAGCUAAAGAGGCCAAACAAUCAUUUAGUGGAGCGUAGCUUGCUCUUUCACCACUUUUCUCCUUAAUGUCAGUUCUACGAGGCACCAAAAGGUUUACAAACACCCCUUGAGAAAGGAAAUAUGCAAUAUCUAAUUUUAGAUUGGCUUGCUAGGUAGAUUUCAGUAUCUGAUAUUAUAAAUUAUGCGAGAUGUUUCUCCUGCUGUUCGUUAAAUUUCAUUCUUGUAAUUGAUCUAUACUAAGUGGAGCGAAGACCUCCAUGUAUAUUUUUCGUGAUUAGAAAAUUACAUUGGCUCUCUUAGCAGCA